GAAGGGAGGAGAACAGAGACACGGGAAAAGUUAUCUAAAAACGACACAGCAUGAGUUAUCGUUACAGGAUAAAAGGCUAAAAGCAGCAUCGUAAAAGCUUCUCAAACCCAAAGUACAUCUACUCUCUCUCUCUCUCUGUCUCUCGUACAUUCAGCUUCAGCUGGCAUGGCCCGGCUUCAGGUCCCUACUCUGCUUUUCUAGGCUCUCCUCCACCAUUACUAUCAUCUUCACUCGCUCAUUUCUUCUCCGAACAAUAUCUCUCAUCCCCUCUCGCUCUGAAUACUCGACUGCAGCAACAAGCCUAUUAAGUUAGAAACAGCGCGUGCGUUGUGGGCCUCAAAAGUUGCAAUGGAUGGGCUCUAGAGGGUACGCAUGGAAAUGGGUUCGGGCUCUCUCGCCGAGUCGGGAGGUUCUUCUUCUGCUUCUCCACCUAUCUCAUCCUCCGAGUCACUCAACGGCUUGAAAUUCGGGCAGAAAAUCUACUUUGAGGAUGCGGGUACCGGGGCUCCGACCAAACAGGGUGGUGGGACGGGGUCCUCGUCGUCCGGGUCCACCCCGCCAAAGAAGGUGAGGGGUGGUGGUGGUGUGCUGCAGGGGGGUCAGACGCCUCGGUGCCAGGUUGAAGGGUGUAAGGUAGAUCUGAGUGAUGCUAAGGCUUACUAUUCCAGGCACAAAGUCUGUAGCAUGCAUUCGAAGUCACCUAAGGUCAUUGUUGCUGGCAUCGAGCAGAGGUUUUGCCAGCAGUGCAGCAGAUUUCAUCUACUUCCUGAAUUUGACCAAGGAAAACGAAGUUGUCGUAGGCGUCUUGCCGGUCAUAAUGAACGGAGGAGGAAGCCACCACCUGGAUCAUUAUUGUCCUCACGCUAUGGGCGACUCUCUUCAUCUUUCUUUGGCAACAGCAGCAGAGGAGGUUUUAUGAUGGACUUUUCUGCAUAUCCAAGAUUUACCGGGCGGGAUGCAUGGCCGACCACACGAUCAUCCGAGCAGGUAUCUGGAAAUCAAACUACCACUUCAACGGGAAAGUUUCUUCCACAUCCAUGGCAAAGCAACUCUGAAAACCCUACAUCUGACCUUUACCUGCAAGGUUCAGUAACUGGGAUCGGUUAUCCCGGUUCUGGAAUUCCUCCAGGAGAAUGCUUCACAGGAGUCACUGACUCAAGCUGUGCUCUCUCUCUUCUGUCAAAUCAAACAUGGGGCUCCAGAAGCCAAGAAUCAGGUCCUAUAAUGAAGGAUUUGAUGAACGCUGAAAGGGCACCUGUGGCUCAGCCAACAGCUCCUCAUGGUGCAGUUGUCAAUCAGUUUCCAAGCUGCUCAUGGGGCAUGAAGGGCAAUGAGGUUGGUAGCAGUUCAGACGAGAUGCCCCCUGAUCUGGGUUUAAGUCAGAUGUCUCAACCUUUCAACAGUCAGUUUUCUGGCGAGCUUGAGCCCUCUCAGCAGAGUAGGAGGCAAUACGUGGUGGAACUUGGGCACUCCGGAGCUUAUGGCUCCUCCCCUCAGCAAUUGCACUGGUCACUUUGACUGCCCUGCUUCUCAUGAACACCUUAUCGACUGAAUAAUUUGAAUGUUUGGCAGGUGGUCACUUGCUCUUUUGUUGGGAUGAACCCUAAGUUACUCUUGGUCUGUGUUUAAAAUUGUUAAAACUGAUUGCUAAGCGUUCACCUUUCGCUACUUAAUUCGUAUUUUGUUAAUAUUUGUUUGGAAGCAUCUGUUGAUGUUGA